CAAAAUUAUGUUUCUGUAGAAUAAUUUCAAUUCCUAAAAGAUAUUUCAGAUUUGGAGAAAUGGUAUUAGAAUAUUCCACUGAGAGACAACUAUUGAUUAAGUCGAAAGCAACAACGAUGUGUUCUUAUACUCAAAAACAAGGAUUAAUGCAUGAUACAUUGGAGAAAAGAAGAGAAAAAGAGAAGCAAAUAAGGAAUAAUUUUUUAUAUGGUUCACCUAUUUCCACAGUAGAUUACAGUGAAAAAAUGGAUACUAUGAAAACAGAAUUUGCUGAAAGAGUCCCUCUGGUAACUGAAGUGGAUGGAAAAGUGUCAGCAGAAGAUGCUAAAGGGUUGAGGCCCCUCCAUCUAGCAGCUCGUGAAUCAAACCUUUCUACAACUAGACAGCUACUCAGAGAUAAUGCUGAUAGCAAUAUUCAAAAUCAGGAUGGCUGGACCCCAUUACACUAUGCUUGUAAAUAUUCAUCUAAAAACAUGGUACAAGAACUACUGAAGUUUGGAGGGGAUCUCAACAGGGAUAUGAAUAUAGGGAAUAAAGAUGGCUGGACCCCCCUACAUGUUGCUUGUCAAUUCUCAACUCCAGGCAUAGUAUCAACAUUACUGGAAGCAGGAGCUAAAACUAAUCUGCAGAACUCAGAAGGUUGGACGCCAUUGCACUUAGCCUGUGAAUUCUCUCGUGAAGAAAUAGUAGACCUGCUACUAAGCUAUGGGGCUGAUUGUAAUAUAGAAAAUAAAAAUGGAUGGAUACCAGUUCACACCGCCAGUGAAUACUCAACCAGCAAUGUUAUGAGACAAUUAAUACUAAAAGGUGGUGAUAUCAAUGCCAGGAAUAGAACAGGAUGGACCCCACUUCACCUAGCAAGUGUAUAUUCUACCAAAGAGAUGGUUACAACUAUUCUUGAGCUAAAAGGAGAUAUUAACGCAUGGAAUGUAGAUGGUGAAACACCAUCUCAGCUGGCCAAAAGAUUUAAAAACAUGAAUGUUUAUGAAGUUCUUAUAGAGAAUGAAGAAGUACUUUGUGAAAAUGAGAUUGGUUGCUUUUCAAAUCUGAAAUCAAUGCUUCAGAUUUAAAAUAUAAAUAGUUACAACAUAAUAAAAAUGAGCUUUGACUGUUAGUUGAUAAACAAUUAAUUAGUUUCUAAAUGUUAUUUUAAAUAUAUUGGAUAUGAAAACACCUUAA